CAGAGAGGGGAGGGAGGGAACAGGCAGCCCCCUUGGAGCCGGGCUCUCCCCAGCGCCGCGCACCGCCCACUCCGAUUCACCCAACUUGCAAAGCUGGCCGAGGGGGCUUUUGUGCCGAUUGUUCGUGCGCGAUUGAGCAAGCAGCGGCCGAGGGAAAGGGGAGAAAGAGGGGGGGCAACGAAAGCCUCGGACACCUGCCCCCUCCUCCUCCGACUUGGAAGGGAUGUCGGAGUGCGGGCUCCGGGGGCGACGAGCGCGAGGAGGAUGAGCGCCUCGGCCCCCCAGCACACGGCGCUUGCGGCUCCGGCUGCUGGAUGGGCCGUUCCAAGUUGUGCAAUCGCCUCUCCGCUCGGCUAGGUCGCCCCCCUCCUUCUCCUCCUCCUCCUCGCCGCCUCCUCCUCCUGCUUCCUCGCCCGGCCGGCCGAGGCUCAGUCGCCUGCGAAUUCCUCUGGGCAGGGAUGGGAUCGGUGCUCAACCAGCAGUAUCCAACGGGGGCGAGUAAAGGUGGAGAUGAACCCGGGAAAUUGCCGGAACAAGAGGAGGAAGAGGAAGAGGAGGAGGAAUCCCAGGUCUUGCACGGAACGGGCCAUUGCAAAUGGUUCAAUGUGCGAAUGGGAUUCGGAUUUAUUUCCAUGAUCAACCGGGAGGGAAGCCCCUUGGAAGCACCGGUUGAUGUGUUUGUACACCAAAGCAAGCUUUUCAUGGAAGGAUUUAGAAGCCUAAAAGAAGGAGAACCAGUGGAAUUUACUUUUAAGAAAUCUUCCAAAGGCCUUGAAUCAAUACGGGUAACAGGUCCAGGUGGGAGUCCCUGUUUAGGAAGUGAGAGACGACCCAAAGGAAAGACAGUACAGAAAAGAAAGCCAAAGGGAGAUAGAUGCUACAAUUGUGGUGGCCUCGAUCAUCAUGCUAAAGAAUGUACUCUACCUCCACAGCCAAAGAAGUGCCAUUACUGUCAGAGUAUCAUGCACAUGGUGGCAAAUUGUCCACACAAAACUGUUCCACAGCAGCCUACUAGUUAUCAGGGAAGAUACGAAGCAGAACCCCAACCUUCUACGUCAGCAUCACAGAGAGAAGGGGCAGGGGCUUAUGGCUAUACAUCUUUAUCACAUCCUCAGGAGGGAAGGGCAGACAUCUUAGAACGUUCAGGAAGGUCACCACAAGAAGCUGCUUCCAGUAAGUUAUCUGUAUCACCUGAAGAGCAGGGCCGAAAAGGGCCCUCUGUUCAAAAACGAAAAAAGACUUAAAAAGCUUUGACACAACCUUUUCUUCAUUUUACCCUGUCCGGAUGCCUACCUCAUUUAAGCACAAGGAAAAUAACUUCACAACCUAGAAUUUUAACUACUGCUGAGGAACUGUGGUCUUUUUCAAAAACAAAGCAGACCAGUCACUCCAAGCAAAAUGUAAUUUGAGUUGAAUGUCUUGUUUGUGGGGAUUUUUUUUUUUUUGCAUUGUAUGACUGUGCACAUGUCUUGAAUGUAUACAUUUCAACUCUUUUUCCUUGGAUAUAUCAUCCAUUGCAAAGCAAUAGUUUGAGUAAUUUUUGGAUACUUAUUCAUAGAGUUUUUCUUUUUCUACUUCAUCAUCUUAUUGCUCAAGAACAAGUGUAGAAACAACUAUGGAUAUUUUCAUGGGAAUCAAAAGAUAUUUCACUUUUUAAAGUUGCCAUGGACAUGGUACUAAGGAGAUUGAGACAUCCCUAUAGGGUUCAGGGUAGAUUGCUUUCACUCUCUGUUACCCAGCACAGCAAUGCUUUUUACUUCCUCUCAUGUGAAAAGGGUAAUAAUGCCUUGGUUUAAAUAUGUCUCAGAACUGUGACAGCGUUUAAGAAGCUAAGGCAUCCUCCCCUCUUUCCCCCCUCCCCUAAAGACAAUGAAUGUGUAGUUUCUGUGCUGGUAUCUCAAAUAUUAUGUUAAAUUAAUAUGGUUUAAAUUCAGGUUAAGUGACUGUUGUGAGGGAGAAUGUAUAUAUUGAAAUGAUUGUUUAGGGCGGUAUUGAGAUACUACCAUGUUUGUAUUUUGUGCAAACCUUGAAGUGUUAUGGAGACAGCAGUAGCAGCAUCAGCAUCUUCUCAAAUGUGAACAUAGAAUAAGAAACGGGAAAAAAACCACGACUCUGCCUUAUACCGAGUCCAUUAUUAUUGGCUAUCUAAGUAAGUGCUGUUUAUUCUACUUGGCAGUAGCAAUACAGAGUUUCAAGCAGAGGAGAGUCGUCCCCCCUACCGCAGCUCUUGUUACCUGAUAUCCUUUCUAACUGGAGAUGCCAAGAAAUUAGUCAGUGUUUUGAGACAAAUUGGUAGGCGUAGACCAUGACCUUUAAAAUUUUUCUCACUGGCCUUUUUAAAAAUAUGUAAUCAUUGUUCCAUUUUCUAUAAAAACAAUACAUUUCCAGAUAGAAAUGAAUCCAUAACUAGUAGAUUAUGUUUCUAGGUCCAUUCACUGCAUUUGUUAAAGCCAAGUGUUAAAUAGAGGAGAAAGCUGCUGUGUGGACUUUAAAAACACCUAGUAGUGCUUUUCCUACUAAAUUUUGUUUUCCAUUAGUGCAGGUAUCCUUCCAAUUGACCUCUAAAGCUUUCUGUUGACGAGUCAUGCCUUUCAAUGCUUCUCAAGUAUUUUCCCCAUCAGUUGACAUCCCUUGCUUUGAUUGACAUAAUCUAAUGGGAAACUUCCUUGUAGAGAUCUCUAGUGAAAUAAAAAGAAGUUGCUCAAAACUCAUGCAGAUCCCAAUAAUUUCAGCCAGGUUUGUGCAAGAAAGAUUCCCUGUGUAUUGCAAUGUGAUUUUGUCUCAUUGAAUCCCUCUGCUCCUGAUGGAGGAAGUGUGCACAGGAUUUGAACAUUUUUAUGAGAAGCUUGAAAUGUAACUAUUUUCAUUACAAAUUAAAGAUUUUGGAUGGUGGGUCACACUUCUGAAAGACUUUGCAUUGAGAUGCUCUUGAGCCUAUAGGCACUCCAUUUUGUUAUUUCUAAUAUUAAGGUUUUACUUUGGUUGAUUGAUGCUAACUUUAUGGAUUACCAAACUAGGACUGUAAUCCAAAGAAUUCACAUGAGGAAGGUGCAUAGCCAUAAUUUCCUUUGAAGGUUUCUUUUCAUUAGCUUCUUCUACUAAAGAGGCAUGCUUUUCUUUUAUAUCUCGUACUUUUCUUUUGUAUCUUUUAUACCUCUAGAGUUGAUUGCCUCUUCUGUAGCAUUAGGUGCUGGAGAGCCUUGUAAAGGAGGCCCCAGUUGUAUCAGAUCAAUUUCUUUGGAUCAUGACCUAUUCCCUUAAAAGUAUGAUACAACUAUUUGAUUGCAGAAACAUUUCCUGCAAAAAGAUUUGCUUGAAAAACAGUUAGAUCUGAACUCCAAAACCUUGCUUUGUAAAAUGGUUUCUGGUAGAAUUAUCAAAGCGCACUCUUGCCUGUUGUGCCAACUGACAGCAAUGAACCUUAUUUUGAUGGUCUGCCAAUCAAGUCUGACCCAAGCUCACAUCUGCUGUGGCUCCUAUUAACUGCACAGGAGUUAUGAAAAGACAUUUCCCUUUUCAGAGGGACUAAAACAUGGAAGUCCUGUGCUGCUGCUGCUGCCACCUUGUGUCAGGAAUGUGUAACAACUUCAGUAACAGGUACAAAUACCCUGUUUCCCCGAAAAUAAGCCCUACCCCUAAAAUAAGUCCUAGAAUGAUUUUUUGGGAUUUUUUGAGGAUGCUUGAAACAAAAGCCCUACUCCAAAAAUAAGCCCUAGUUACAGAUUCC